AUGGAGCACCCUACUCCACCAGACUCAGGUUUAAGAUCCCAGAAGCUGCUGGCUCAAAGGAGGCCCCGCCGGUCCUUCUUUGAACCCUCCAUCCGGGCCCUCAUCAUCUUUUGCGCCUCCCUGGCCAUGGUCCUCACCUCCCUCUCCAUCUGCGAUGGCCACUGGCUCCUGGCCGACGACCAUCUGUUCGGGCUGUGGCACUUCUGCACCACCUCGAACCAGGCUGAGCUGCACUGCCUCCGAGACCUGAGGCAGGCCCACGUGCCCAGGCUAGCCUCGGGCAUGGCUGUGGCCCGCAGCGUGGCCACCUUGGCCGUGGUGGUCGCCAUCUUUGGCCUGGAGCUCCUCAUGGUGUCCCAGGUACCCCAGCUCUGCUCUGAGGGGCUGGCCUUGGUGCCGCUGCUGAAGGAGCCGAGGGACACCGGGUACGGCUGUGAGGGAGCUCCCCUGCACCCGGGCAGCCCAUGA